CCGCUGCCGCGCUCCCAGGCUCUAUAUAGGGCGCGCGCUCGCGGGCUGCCGAGUUCCAGCAGUCCGCGAGCUGCCGUCGGCUCCGCGGGGGGGGCGGGCCGGGCACCCCGGGGCGCGGAGCUGCCCUCUUUGCUUCUCUCUCCUCUCCCUCCACUCCGCACUCCAGGCCACCCUCUAGCCAGUCCGAGCCGCUUCCCUUUCCCUCUUUUCUCGCCCCCCAGCAAACUUUCGGUCCCUCCCCGCCCCUCGCCCGUUAUUCGUCGUGGCUCGAGCCCGGCCGCGGCGCCCCGAGGGCUCCUCCCGACCUCCCUGCCUGCAGCUCCGACCAUUUCGGGACCCAGAAACAUGUCGACCACACUUCUGUCCGCCUUCUACGAUAUCGACUUCUUGUGCAAGACGGAGAAAUCCCUGGCCAACCUCAAUCUGAACAACAUGCUGGACAAGAAGGCGGUGGGGACGCCCGUGGCCGCCGCCCCCAGCUCCGGCUUCGCGCCGGGCUUCCUCAGACGGCACUCGGCCAGCAACCUGCACGCGCUCGCCCACCCCGCGCCCAGCCCCGGCAGCUGCUCGCCCAAGUUCCCGGGCGCCGCUAACGGCAGCAGCUGUGGCAGCGUGGCGGCUGGCGGCCCUGCCUCCUACGGCACCCUCAAGGAGCCGUCAGGGGGCGGCGGCACAGCCCUGCUCAACAAGGAGAACAAAUUCCGGGACCGCUCGUUCAGCGAGAACGGUGAGCGCAGCCAGCACCUUCUGCACCUGCAGCAGCAGCAGCAGAAGGGGGGCGGCGGCUCCCAGAUCAACUCCACGCGCUACAAGACCGAGCUGUGCCGGCCCUUCGAAGAGAGCGGCACGUGCAAGUAUGGCGAGAAGUGCCAGUUCGCCCACGGCUUCCACGAGCUACGCAGCCUGACUCGGCACCCGAAGUACAAGACAGAGCUGUGCCGCACCUUCCACACCAUCGGCUUCUGCCCCUACGGGCCGCGCUGCCACUUCAUCCACAACGCCGACGAGCGGCGGCCCGCACCGUCGGGGAGCGCCUCCGGGGACCUGCGCGCUUUCAGCGCGCGCGACGCGCUGCACCUGGGCUUCCCGCGGGAGCCCCGGCCCAAGCUGCACCACAGCCUCAGCUUCUCGGGCUUCCCGUCGGGCCACCACCAGCCCCCGGGGGGCCUAGAGUCGCCGCUGCUGCUUGACAGCCCCACGUCGCGCACGCCGCCACCGCCCUCCUGCUCUUCGGCCUCCUCCUGCUCCUCCUCCGCCUCCUCCUGCUCCUCGGCGUCUGCGGCCUCCACGCCCUCGGGCGCCCCGACGUGCUGCGCCUCCGCCGCGGCGGCAGCGGCCGCGGCCGCGCUGCUCUACGGCACCGGGGGCGCCGAGGACCUGCUGGCACCCGGCGCCCCGUGCGCCGCUUGCUCGUCGGCCUCCUGCGCCAACAACGCCUUCGCCUUCGGCCCGGAGCUGAGCAGCCUCAUCACGCCGCUCGCCAUCCAGACCCACAACUUCGCCGCCGCGGCCGCCGCCGCCUACUACCGCAGCCAGCAGCAGCAGCAGGGCCUGGCGCCCCCCGCGCAGCCCCCGGCGCCGCCCAGCGCGCCCCUCCCCGCCGGUGCCGCCGCGCCGCCCUCGCCGCCCUUCAGCUUCCAGCUGCCGCGCCGCCUGUCCGAGUCGCCGGUGUUCGACGCGCCCCCCAGCCCCCCGGACUCGCUGUCGGACCGCGACAGCUACCUGAGCGGCUCCCUGAGCUCAGGCAGCCUCAGCGGCUCCGAGUCCCCCAGCCUCGACCCCGGCCGCCGGCUGCCCAUCUUCAGCCGCCUCUCCGUCUCCGACGACUGAGGCAAGAGGGCGCCAGUGAGGAGGAAGGAAGGGAAGGCCGUUCUGGGGUGUUGGAGGAUGCCCUUCGCCACCUCGCCCCUGCUGGGGGCACGGGGUGGGGGGUGACGGGCCUCAGGCAGACUGCGGACCCUACCGAGCACUCGGACUCGAACUCUGUGCUGGGAGGGGCCCCACCCCUCCUUUUUCGGUUUCCUCUUGUUUUGUUUUUUUGUUAUUAUUUUUAUUAUUACGAAGUUUCAUUCUUGUUGAGCAAAAAAGAAAGCCAACGAACUUUUUGUGUUGAUGAACAAAAUAUUCACAACAGGGCAGUUGUGAUGCGAAUAGAACAAAAAAACCAAACAAACUUUUUUAGGUCUCGAUGAGUUUGGGACUUCAGGAAAAAUCAAUCCAGCACCAGCAGCUACCAACCACCAUUCCAUCUCUUCACUUGAAAAGCAUUAGUUACAGUCCAGAUGUGGGAACUCUUAUCUCGAAAGAAGUUCCAAUUGUUUCUCAGACCAGUGUAAACAAACCAGCCAACCACCACCUUGCUAAACCUAUAAGCUUUUAGAAUCCAAUAUUUCUGCCAAGAAUAUGCCUUGAUAGUACCCCUCAACCCCAUAGAGUUGGGGGGGGGGGAUUUGUUGUGUUUUUUUUUUUUUGUUUUUUUAACAAAGUUAUGUAUGUCUGGGGGAAAGAAAAAAAAAACCCUGCAUUCCAAAGUUUCAUACUGGUUACUGGUUUCAUUGCCACCACUUCGUGGAUGUUUAGUUUAAAACCAUUUUGUCUGCUCUCUGGAAGCCUUGGGCAGAGCUUAGUUUGUAAUUGUUGGGGAAUAACUGCUGAAUUUUUAGCUAUUUUUGAGUUGAUUCGCACCACUGCACCACAACUCAAUAUGAAAACUAUUUAACUUAUUUAUUAUCUUGUGAAAAGUAUACAUUGAAAAUUGUUCAUACUGUAUUUAUCAAGUAUGAUGAAAAGCAAUAGAUAUAUAUUCUUUUAUUAUGUUAAAUUAUGAUUGCCAUUAUUAAUCGGCAAAAUGUGGAGUGUAUGUUCUUUUCACAGUAAUAUAUGCCUUUUGUAACUUCA